AACACUAGCACACACACACAAUCAUUCAGGUUAAGAUGCAGGCUCACACAUGUGCGAUGAUUCAGGAGCAGUCGUGUCUUUGACAUGUUGAUAUUUCAUUAACUUGCUGCUCCUCGUCUUAUGGUGGACUUCGGACCUGAAGGAAAGGAGAGGCUGGACGAGAAGAGAGGAGAAGAGAAGGACAACUCUUUGACAAGAAGUAGAGGAAGAAUGGGAUAAAAACAAAACUUCCAGUUGGGGAGAUGGACUGAGGCGAGACAGAAAGGACAACACAGUAGAUGGACAUGGGCAGAGAGAGACUCACCCUGGGAUUGCUGCUGCGUGUGGGUGUUCUGCUCACUGCUGUGUGUGUGUGCGCUCAUGUUUACCUGGAAAUGGGUUGGCGGAGAGCACCUGCACCCCUGGGACGUCCCACCCAGGCUAGUCAGAACUGGGGCCAACUAAGCAGAACCAAAGCAGAAGCAGAGGAGCAGCACAGAAGUGUUAAAAGGAAAAUCUCCUAUGUUCGAACACUUAAGAAAGACAGCCAGGCUAGGGAGAAGGGUGAAGGCAGAGAGGAGCCCUCACCACCUCUCCGCCCACACAGAAAGACUCCUCGGUGGCAUAUAGACUUGGAGCCCUGGGCCGGUGAGAGUCAUUCUCUGGAGGAUGAAGCCAAAAGGUUUCUCAACUACAUCACAACACCACAAGUGUCGUGCGCAUCGUUGGCCGGUGAGGAAGCUGCUCAGGAGGGGACCAAGGGAGCCUGGGCUGCAUGUCUGGACCCCAAGUUCAGCCUGACCCACAGAAUACAAAGCAAACGUUGCAGAGUUUACUCUUUUGGGUUGGGUGUGGAUGAUCGGUCCCUGGAGCGUUCUCUCUCAAGGGCAGGAUGUGAGAUCCACUGCUUUGAUCCCAGUCUGAAGCAGCCUCACAUGCAGCAGGCUGAAAUGUGGCUUCAUCGGCUUUCUAUAGACUGGAGGGAUCCCAACCCGGCCUUUGCUGCCCAGCGUCAGUACGCCAACACCAAAAAACUGGCCACCAUCCUUAAUGACUUUGGACACAGAGAGGUGGAUGUACUGAAGGCGGAUAUGGAGAGCGCAGAGUGGAAGAUUCUGGAGAAUUUGGUCCUGGAAGGAGUUCUAGACUCAGUGGGUCAGCUGUUGUUGGAGGUUCACCUGCACUGGGCCGGCUUUGAAGUGGCCGGCGAUGACCCAUCCGUGGUGCGGUACUGGUUCAGCCUGCUCAGGGAGCUCGAGCACGCCAACUUCCGCCUCUUCCACGUCCACCGCGACAUGACAAAACCUCACCUCUUCCUGCAUAAGAAUGUCCUCAACGCCAGCAGCGUUUACACCCUCAGCUGGGUGAACACAGAGUGGAAGCCUUGAGGGAACUCAGUGACCGUACCAAAAAAAAAAAAAAAAACUUAUCUUGGCUGGAACAACUUCUGAAUUGAAAUGUACAAGUUUAUGUAACAUUGAGUUUUAAGUCUGUGCACAAAUUCUUGCUAGAGCACGGCUGUUCCCCAACAGACCGCUCUCAUCUGGCUUGACCUUUUUUGGAGAGCUGAAAUCCCUGCUCCUACUUAUCCUCCUGCUCUUCCUCUCCUGGCCUGUAUUGACCUCAGUCGUGUAGAGGGGCAGAGUAAUUGCCCCGUGUUCUACCUCAUGGUGGCAGUGUUUUUGGCUGCAGGUCAGCCCGAGUCACAGUCACUUCUGUCAUCACGGUCCUAUCGGAGCUUGGCUCAUGGACAG